GUUAAAUUGUAAUGGCGGAGAACAGAGGGACAAUAACAUUUAUUUCACUGAAUUUAACAGAGUUUUUCUUGCGGUACAUUUUCCUUUUCAAAUAUCACAAUUUGCAAUAGUGUUUCAAACAAUUUGUCUUUGCUAAGAUUUGUUUUCUUUCAACUUGUGCAUUUAUUCGGCAGUAUGAAUUGAUACCAUUUGUAUUUUUUGUGAUAAUAGUUUAAAUAAGGUUUUUGUGCAGAACUUGAAUAAAAUACCAAGUACUUCGUUAUGCUCGGAAGUGGCUCACCUAAUACCAGAUAGCUAUGGCGAACUUGAACUUUACAAGGAAUAUUGGAGGUAACAGCCUCGGAAGAACAAGUGUUAGUUUUGGAAAUAAUUCUAUGUCUGGACAUGUUACUCCUGUGUUUGGGCAAAGAACACCGUCUGAGAGAAGAACCCUACCUGCUAUGGGAAAUAGUAAUCAAAUGGGUAACAUGAACACCUUGGGAGGUUACAGUUCCUUCAAUUCCGUGUUUGGGUCAGGAGACACGAACACUCCUUCUCUCUUAGACCUUAGUGAGUUCCCAUCAUUAACAAAUCGAAGUUCAGGUGAUAACGUCCCUCAACCAAGUCCUAUGCCUGGUGGAAAACCUUAUGUGGGUAUGGUCAAACAGCCAACUUCAGAAUCAAGUGAGUUCACAAUGUCCUCUGAAGACUUCCCUGCCCUGCCUGGUACUCAGAAUAGAGAAGGUGCAUCACCUGGCAGCAAUUCAUCUGGUGAUAAGAACAUUUCUGGUGGGGCUGGGGAUGGGCUUAAUUCCAGGGAAGGAGAGAAAAGCUGUUCCAAGACAGGCAUCCAGACGUCCCCCGACGGCAGGGUCACCGACAUCCCUGCCAGCAUGGUCAGCGACCAGUUCGGCAUCGUCGGCCUGCUGACCUUCAUCAGGGCGGCCGAGACGGACCCGAACCUCGUCUCGCUGGCGCUCGGCCAGGACCUGACGGCGCUCGGCCUGAAUCUCAACUCGCCCGACAACCUCUAUCCGACGUUCGCCGGCCCGUGGGCGGACCACCCAUGCCGGCCGCAGGACAUCGACUUCCACGUGCCGCCCGAGUAUCUCAUCAACCAUGCCAUCAGGGAUAAGCUUGCAUCAAUGAAAUUGAGUCGGUAUAAAGAUGACCUGCUCUUUUUCAUGUUCUACAACAAUGUUGGUGAUGUACUUCAAAUAGCAGCUGCAUCUGAACUGUAUAGCAGAGAAUGGAGGUACCACACGGAAGAAAAAGUGUGGAUCACCCAAGUCCCCGGCAUGGUCCUCAUGGAAAAGACUUCCACAUACGAGAGGGGAACGUACUACUUUUUCGAUGCCCAAAACUGGAGGAAGGUCGCCAAGGAAUUCUACCUUGACUACAGCAAACUGGAAGGUCGGCCUGUAAUGAACCAAAAUUUGCACCACAAUUCGUGAAAGUCUUGAUCCAUGACUACGAUCGACUAUGAAUAAAUGAAAAGUGUAUACAUUAUAUGAAUUGUUAAUUUUAAGGUUAACUGCGUCUAGUAGACGAGUGACUUUUUGCACUUGUUUACUAGAAUUGGAUAAGUAUUAAUUGAAAAGAUUAAAGUUAUAUAUCUAUACAGUUUUCAUUUCAUUUGUAUAUUUACUGUACAAUAAUAUUAAUAAAUGAUUAUAAUGAACUUGG